AUGUUAUCCUCCCAUUCAGAUCGUGCAGCGAUUCAACAAGCUGCAUUAGAAGAAGACGAUUCAUCACAAAGCCUAGCAAAUAAUGAGGCAAUUUGUGAUUUAUAUUCCACGUACAGAUCACCACCUAUGUGUUUCCACCAUUCAAACUAUAGUGAUACAUUAAAAAAAAAUAUCGUCUCAGUUUUACAACAGCGUCAAAAUGGACUUGUUAAUCUUAACCGAUGUUCAAAUACACGAUUUGAACUAUGUGAUAGUCACACAUUUUGUGGACAGUUUACGGAUGAUGGAGCGAAAUUUGUUAAUGCAUGUCAAGAUCAUUGCAUCCGACUGUAUAAUACGUGUGAUUCAAAAACGUUUACUAAAAUGAAAGAAGUUGAAGUGAAUGACGUGGGAUGGUCUAUAAUUGAUACGGCUUUUAGUCCAUUGGGUGAUUAUGUAGCAUAUUCAUGUUGGACACCAUAUAUUUAUCUUGUUAAACUCAACGACGACACAGAACAUUAUCCAUUAAUUAGACCUUUAAAAUUAGAUUUAAUGGGUUAUAGUCACUUUUGUCUUUUUUCUUUACAAUUUUCUAAAGAUUCAUCUGAAAUUGUUGGCGGUGGCAAGGAUGCUUGUGUUUAUGUCUAUGAUUUAGAAAAACAAAAACGAACAUUAAGGGCACAUGAUGCUGAUGUGAAUGCUGUUCGGUUUGCUGAUGCAUCUUCAACAAUUUUGUUUUCUGGAAGUGAUGAUGGGUUGAUAUCGAUUUGGGAUCGAAGAGCAUUAAAAGAAUCAUCUCCAAAACCUGUUGGAAAUUUUGCCGGACAUUCUCAUGGCAUUACAUUUAUCGAUAGUCGAGGUGAUACCAGAUACAUGAUAUCGAAUAGUAAAGAUCAAUCAAUAAAAUUAUGGGACAUGAGAAGAUUUGCUAAUAAUGAGGCUACAGAGUUCUCUACUGGACAAAAAUACAUAAUCGCUGGUAGUGCAGAUGGUUGUGUUUACAUUUAUGAUAUUCUAACUGGCAAAGUGGAGUGUCGACUGAAAGUAAAUGAUGAUCGUCGUUAUCGGGGUAGAGAUGAAAAUAUUAUACGUGAUGUAGCAUGGCAUCCGUAUGAAAAUUAUAUCGUUUCCACUUCAUGGUCAAAUAGUCGUGCUCACAUCAGAUGGAGUCAUUCAAAUGAUCAUGAUACAUCAGAUUCUGAAACAUUAUCAAGGGAUGUACGUCUCGUAUCUGUUCAAUCAGAAUCGCGUUCAUCAAUGGGACGUUCUUCGAUAUCCGCUAUAAGAGACUAUUUAUUGAGAGCAAUUUCAUUUGGAGCUUAUGAUGACGAAGAGGAAGAUGAUGACGAAGAAUUUGAGGAAGACGCUGAACAAGAGUAA